CACAUGGUCAGAUAACCUAGUAUAACCGUAUAAAGCAAAAUUUACACGACCUUUUUUAAUUGGAUACCUUCGUAUCUUAGUUAUGACGAGACAAUGCGAUUUUUCUUCCGCAUUUGACAAGAUGGCGGUGAGCAGGAAGAACGCAUCAACAUUCUUCAGCAGUUUUUAUAUUAUAUUAACCUUGUCAUAUGGGACUGAGGCUUUGAGAUGUCUCUCUAACGAAAACAAACCUGUUGACUGGUAUAUAGGAUACAAGCUGCCAAAUUCAGCCAAGAAAGUUUCGGCAUAUUCCCUGAUGUACAUGGACAGUGAUAAACCCAGCUGUAGGCUGGCGAAAGGAACCCUCGACAAACCUCGCAAUCAGGCCAUAUACUACACACUCUCAGAGAUAUACAACCUUAAAAUGAAUACAAGUGGUAUAGCGUACGCCAUGUAUAACGAUGAAAUGCCAAAGACAUUGAGUGUAGACAACGUGCCUAAUACAGCACGUGGUCACACAAAAGGAGUGCUAGGGUUUGAUAAGGAAACAGGCUUCUGGUUGGUUCAGAGCACGCCUAAAUUCCCUCCUGUGCGUAACGAUGGCUACAGCUACCAAAAUACAAAAUACGCCCAGUCUUUCCUAUGUAUUUCCAUGGCAACCAGUAAAAACCUCAAUGAAAUUGGAAAACAACUUCAAUAUAACUGGCCAUUGAUUUAUGAUAAAAACCUGCCUAAAGAAUUUGCUGACAAGUAUGGAGAUUUUAAGACUGCCCUAAAAGGAAAACAUGUUAAUGAUCCGCCCUGGUAUCGUCAAACAAAACUCGUCUCAUUGGCCGGAGUCACGUUCACCUCUUUUGCAAAAUACUCGGAGUGGGGAAAAGACUUGUAUGCUGACUGGCUGGCUCCGUCUUUUAAGGACUCGCUGCGCGUGCAGACCUGGCAGAAUGGGAAAGGAAAAAUGGACUCCAGAUGUAACGGGGCAUACAAGGUGAUGAACAUAGUCGCUAUGGGGUUUGAUGCAAUAGGUUACGAGUUUACUUCGACCCAGGAUCAUUCAAAGUGGGCCAUAACCGAUUCCAGCAAACUUGCCUGGGUCUGCAUUGGGGACAUCAACAGACAGGAACCGCAGAUGAAGCGUCCCGGGGGCACGGUGUGUUUCCAACAUAAGGUAGUGUGGAAGGCCUUCAAUGACCUCGUCAAAAAGAUUGAGCCUUGCAAUGAUCACAACAACAGCAUUCUGCCCGAUUUCUAAUCAACACUUGCAUGGGUGUCUACACGUUACAUCAUUCGUCCGAGGUGUUUUGCCUCUUUGUGUAUGUUUGUGUCAACUAACUAGAAAUUACUGCAACGUAUAUCUUGUAUUAGCCACUAUUAAUUUAGUAUGAGUUGAGUGUUCUAGGUCAUUUGUGAUAUUAAUAAUAUGUGAGAAUUAACAAGAUUUACCUGCAACAAUUCUACUUGACGAAAUAUUUGUUUUUAUAAUCGAUUUCAAUAGUUUUAUGUAAGCUUACAGUAUUUAUUUGUGCCAUUAAUACUUUAAAAGCUUUUGUCUCCUUAUUGAGCGAUUGUUGAUGCUAUUUUUUUAUGAUUAUAUAACUGCAGCUGGUUGAUAUACUUUUGUUCUUUUCUACUAAAACGCCAUUACUUCCUCUGUCUUUCAUCUUCACUUUCAGUGUACCAAUAAUGUGGAUCUGUUUCAUAAUAUUUCUUAUCUCAUUUAUUCUUUUAAUAAAGCUGAAAAUUUU